AUGGAACAAGGUCUAAAUAAGACAGAUUCCUCUAAUCUCGAAUCGUUCCAUGACUAUCUAUUACAAGCAAACAAUAUACUAGCUGUUGUCGGAGCAGGUUUAUCAGCCUCGUCUGGUCUUUCAACUUUUAGAGGUGCUGGUGGUCUUUGGAGAAAUUUCUCAGCUAUAGAUUUAGCUACUCCUGAUGCUUUCCACUUUGAUCCUGGUCUAGUUUGGCAGUUUUAUAGUGCUAGAAGGUUUAAUGCCUUGAAGGCAAAACCAAAUAAAGGACAUUAUGCUUUAGCAGAGUUGAGUAAUCGCAAAGGAGGGAAUUUUUUAACUUUGACGCAAAAUGUUGAUGGUUUAUCAACCAGAGCUGGACAUUCUUCUGAUCAUUUGUUGGAACUACAUGGAAGUUUAUUUACAUUGAAAUGUACCAAUUUUUUUUGUAAUUAUGUUGAUAAAUACAAUAGAGAACAUCCAUUAACACCUGCAUUGGCUGGUUCUGAAGAUGAAAUUGGUAAGAAACGUAAAGCACAGGAUACUUCUGCUGAACAACAAAAGAAGAUGGCUAAACCUGAUGAUGCUCUUCAAAGAACUAGAAGUCAUACUUCUACGGUUUCAGCAACUUCAUCACCAGAUAUUAAACCUGUUGAUUCAAUUCCAGAAAAGGAUUUACCACAUUGUCCUGAAUGCAAAGAAGGUCUUUUGAGACCUGGAGUUGUUUGGUUUGGUGAAUCAUUACCGUUAAAAGCUGUUGAUCAAGCUGAUGAAUUUUUAAUGAAUAAUAAAGUUGAUUUGGUUUUGGUCAUUGGUACAAGUGGUAACGUUUGGCCUGCUAUGGGGUAUGUUGAAAGGGUUCAGAAAAAUGGUGGUAAAGUUGCAGUAUUCAAUACUGAAAUUGAUAAUAUAGAUCAAAUUAAAAAAGAACAUAAUUGGGGAUUUAUUGGUGAUGCAUCCAAAUGGUUACCAUUAGCAUUAGAACCUAUAAUUGGUAGUGAAUUCGUACCGAGAGAUUACAAAAGACGUUGA